AUGAGUGUAAGCGGGGAGGUGAUGCGAGCAGACAUAUCCAAACUGUGUCUGCUGGUUGCUGCACUGGCAAUAGGAUCUGCGGCGGGAACCGGCGAGUGUAAACGCGGUGUGAGCUGGUGGGACAGGCACCGCGGGUCCUGUGUCCCCUGUACACGCUGCGACUCAGCCCAGCGCCUCGUUGUAAGGUAUCCCUGCGAGAUACACAGGGAUACCAUAUGCCAAUCCUUAAACGAAGCACAAAUACCACCAUUCAACACACCCGGUCCGACCCGGGUGUUUAAAAAAGACAAUGAAUCAAGUGAAAUACCUAGUGAAUACGAGUGGUACGAAUAUGUGGACUAUGAUAGUGAGGUGACUGCUAGUGAUGAUGCAGGGACGUGGGACCUUCAGACGACUACCCUCAGUGUAGCCGCAAGUGGCUGUAUCGUUUUCUUUGUAGUGGUGCUCGUCAUGUCGCUGUAUCAUGCCAGGCAAUGGAAAGUUAUUCGACGGGCUCUGAAGUCAGAUGUACAAGAUUUAACAGCGAAGCUAAAGCUGAUGGAAGCGGGUGGCGAAACAACGGUAGAGCCAGUUGUGGCCGCUGAUCACCACAUCUACUGCAAUAUUCAUGUGGGAAAAAACGCAUUACUUGGUCCGAAGAAGGGAUUAGGUAAUGUCUACACACAAGAGAAGCAUAACCCUUAA